AUCACAUUAAGUCAAAAUAGGUCUCCACUUCUUGUUUGCUCUUUAGGACUUCACCACCUCUGGGGUGUAACGGACCGUGGCAGCCCGCAUUUGUGGUGGACUCACCGUCUCCAUGGCAACGAGUCAACCGAGCACAAGGAAGUAAAGAGUCGAGGGAGCUGGAUGCACAAACACAAGAGGCUAAACACAGCAUGCACGUUUAUGCACGUUUUCUUCAGCUGGACCCAUUUCAUCUAUGGUCAGAGUGCUGAGCUACAAUGCAGACCAAGCGCAGCGCAUGGACUCCAAUGAACCAUCUGCUGGCCAACACACAGAUAUUUGAAGAGAGGAGAAAGCUAGUGGCAAAGUGGUUCAAUAGGUGGUCUGACAGUCAGAGGAAGGCGGUGCUGCAGGACUUGCUGCUGAGCUGUGCUGAGGAGCAGCUCAGGUUUCUGAGCCUGACCGUGAGCAGACGGCUCCCCCUGCAGGCCGCAGACUUCACUUGUCUGCUGCCCCGAGUGAUCUGCCUCUACAUCUUCUCCUUCCUGGACCCACGCAGUCUCUGCCGAUGCGCCCGGGUGAGCUGAAACUGGAGGAGCAUCGUGGAGCUGGACCAGCUGUGGAUGCCCAAGUGUUUGAAGCUUGGAUGGUGCGUCGACUUCUCCCCAACUGCCUUUGAGCAAGGCGUCUGGAAGAGGCAUUACAUCCAAACUGCCCAGGACCUGCAACGCCCCCUGUUGAAGCCGUUGAUUAUUCCAGAUCCUCCUGUUGUAAGCGAGGGUCCAGAACUGGCCACCGAAGGAACCACCACUAAGACCAGAUCUAGAACCAGAUUGAAGCAGGAGACACCGGUACCUGCUCUGCCACCAUGGAGGGACUCCGACAGAUGUCCCAAAGAUAUCGUCCGCUUCAACUACCUGAACAACCUGGACCCCAUGGAGCAGGCGCUGAGAGCGCGGAGGAGAAGCAGAGCCUCCACCUCCAGCAGCAGCAAGAAGGAUGAUGGUGGGAGGAAGACUCUGUCUGAGAGCGCUUACAAACUGCGCAAAGCCAAGUCUUUGAUGUUCCUGAGCUCCAGCAGCAGACCCCACUCCUCCCCUGCUCCUCCUCCUCCUCCUCCUCCUCCUCCUCAAACCCACAGCCAUCCCAGCUGGGCUUCACGAGACCCCGGGAGUUGGCUCAGGCUGGCCCAGUGGAAUGCUGGGAUCCGUCCGAGGCCGGUGCGGACCGCGGUGCCUCAGCUGGGAGUGGAAGCGCUCCGGGCCCUCCGGCGCUCGCACAGAAGCAUCCCCAGUUAGUCAUCCCACUUCCUGUGAGGCUCCAGGCCUGAUGUGAUGCAACCACGCAGCAAGAAGAGAACAAACCAACCUAAAAAGUCUGGUUCUGCAUAAAAAAAGUGUCUUUGUUGUCUGUGAACUAAACCGUUCUUGUUUGAGUGACCCAAAAGCCUCACAUACAAUCCCCAUUCUAUUCCCAAAACUACACAAAAACAAGAAGUUAAAGAGAAAAAUAGCUUUAUAUUUAUGCUUACAUGCUCACUUAAUGUGAGGAAAUUGUUCUGAUGUAUACUUUUAAAAAUAUGCCAUUAAACAUGCAAUUAGAAAGAUG